CCACUUCUCCAUCUCACUCUUCCAGGUACACGCCCUUUGACUUGUCAGGGGGAAAAGUUUUAGGGAAAAAAAAAAAAAAACUAAAUCACGGAAGAGAUUCUGCUGUCCUACUAGUUUGGCAAGUUCUCUGGGCUCAAAGAGACGUAGAAAGGCGGAGAAGAGAGCAGAAACUCUUAAUUCGCGCACAUUUAUACACUUCAGUUGUCCCGCAGACGGUAUACGAGAGCAGUCAUGGAGUCUGCUAUUCAGACCAUGGUGAAGGUCUUCAUAAAGUCGACCAAGGGGAAGGAGAGUCUAGGACAGGGUCAAUUCCAGAGCCUCGUCAAGAACCAGCUCUCCAACAUCCUUACGGACACAGACAGCAAGGAGGCGAUCAAAAACAUGGGCCAGGGACUGGAUGCCAACCACGACGGCAAGGUCGGUUUCGAGGAGUACCUGCAGCUGGUCGGCUACCUGGCAGUGUCGCGCAGCGAGCAGCGCAACCUCGCCAAAAAGGAACCGGCCCAAAACGCUGCGUCCGAACCGGUGGAAAUUGCCACCGGUCCGGAAAAAGAGGAGGCAAAGCCAGAGGCAAAGGAGGAAGCAAAGCCACAGGCACGCGCAGAGGAAAAGGAGGAAGAUAAGCCAGAGGCAAAGGAGGAAGCUAAGCCAGAAGCCAAUAAUGCUGCAAAAGUAGAAGCAGCUGCUGAAGUAAAGGUAGAAGAAAAUGUAGGAGAAACGGUAGAAAUAAAGUCAGAGGGGGAGACGCAGCCUGAGGCAGCAAUGUCAGAGGAGGAGAAAGCAAAGGGGCUGAUCUCGAUGGGUGAGGUAGAUUUGCCAGUGUGUACGAGAGGAGAGCCGGGGAUAAUGGCUCCAGAGAUGGAGAUUCCUAGAUUGGAGGAAGAAGUGGAGAAGAAGAUAGAGGAGGCAACCUCAUAGGGGACAAUCCAUUCAUUCACAAAAAAAUUUAAAAAAAUUACACUACUCGCUUGCAUUCAACCCUACACAAAACGCAGCAUUAAUCCCAAAAUAAGUUGGGAAGCCACGAAAUAAUUUUUUUCAAAUUCACACAACCUUGAAAUACAAAAUAUUGAUAAAAGUUGAAACACUACAAACCCAGCUCCAUUCCUCAUAAACGAUAAAUAACACAUGACAGUAGAGUCACUGCUUUGCACCACUACUUACCACUAUGUUCAUAUGUACAGCAUAUGCAUCCCACUAUAUAGCACAUUUACCUCAUUAUGAUACUAUCCUAUGAUAACGUGCAGACAUACACUAUCAUACGCAUGCCAUAUCCCUGUGAAAAAUGUGCCACAAAAUAUGAUUUACCUGCAGCAGCCACGCUGACACGUGUGACCAAAGUGUCACUGCAGCCAAUAUCUUAAGCUUAAAUAUCGUCCUUUAUCUACUUUUAUCUGGCUCCCAUAUUACACUCCUCUACGCUACUUACUACAUUGGGCCUCAGUAGGACAUCAUGCUAAGCAUUAAUGGCUUAAAGGAAUAGUUUGACAUUUGGGAAAUAUGAUAAUUAGCUUUCUUGCCAGGAGUCUGAUGAGACGAUCGACGUACACUAUAAUUCCCUAAUAAUAAUAAUUCCCCAGAGUGUUGAACUGUUCUUAUGUUUGCAGGAAAAUCACAAACACAAUAACACUAUUUUUUAUUUUUAUUUUUACGUUCUCGUCUUUUAACUCGCGUUGCUAUGGAGCUGAUUUGGCAUGACAAUAAACAAAUUGUUUUACUAAAGAUUUGCAUUACUUCAACCCGAUGUGUAUGCCCCACCUUUCUAGUCCUCUUUAUAGGCUCUCUGGCCCUUUCUUUCAUUUCUGUAAAUCCCAGAGACGUUCACUUCAUGUAGAUCCUACAGUAUAUUCCCUUGAGUCGUAGUCAGCCAUAGAUUAGGAACUGGAAGAUAAAGUGUGGCCGUUAAGGCUAAAUAAUUAAGGUUCAAGAAUGGAAUCCACACCAAAGAACCCCUAUAGUCAAAUGGGAGCCUAAAAUAGUCCCAUGGGAGUGGACUGGUGACCAGAGAAGGUGUUCAUGCAACCUAAUCCACCUGGAUUAGAGCUGGUAGAAAAGAACAAGACAACAAACACCACAUGACAACAAACAUCAAGAAGUAAAAAAAAAGAAAAGAAGAAUGAAGCCAAUAACAGGUGUCACCUGCAGUUUUUAUCUGAAGUGCUAUACGAUACAAUUAGUGCAUCUUAAUUUGUUGUGUGUCUUUCAAACCAGAUGGCAUUUCAAUGGUUAUUGAAACCUGGCUUUUUUAAAGAAAAAUGCUAAUUGUUGCUUGUUGUUUCCAGCUUGUUUAAACACCAGUUGUUAAGGCUUGCGUGUUUGUUUGUCGGUUACACCCUCAUACCGUUUAAAGACCCUGUUUGACCGGCAACUGGAUCCUUGAGUCACAGGCAUUGGGAAACCACUGGAUUAGGCAUUUGAGGGGUAACACACCCUGGGACACAAACAAUUACAUGAAAGUAAUCCCGGGCUCCAGUGAACCUGCCCAUCAGACCAGGUGCUUUGAAAAAAAAAAAAAAAGAAUACUGAGCCAUCUACAUGAAUCUAUGUGGUGUGAUCUUUUACAACAGGUCACUACGUAAGAUGUUGCAUGCGAUCACAAAGGUAUUUGCAUUGUAUUGCAAUUAUUGUGGCCAAAUAUUUAAGUUCAACAUGGCCUCCUUAUAUGUAACUUUUUAACCUAACUCUUUCCUGUUUGGACCACUACGGAGAUCACUUGAAGAUGUACUGCUUUGUCACAUUAUAUGCAAUUUGUUAAUUACAAUUUAAUGAUUUGUAAGUUGUCUCCUCAUCAAUAAUGCAGCCAUGAGAAAAAAAGGCUUGCGUUGCAGGCCCUCUAUGUUAUAUGUACCUGGCCAGCCGUGUCGUGCUUAAGGCGCACACAUUUUGGGCACACUAGCAAAUCUGCACCUUAUGCACUGUAACAGCACCUGGCACCACAAACUGCUCUGCAGCAAAAUGGGCAAAACAAAUAAACCUGCGAGUCAUGCGGUCACCCUGCCUCACAGCGACACUCCCAUUGUAAAUACUCUCAUUUACACUCACUCUGCUCAGCCUUUAUACUCGUAGUACGCUGUGUUUCCUGCAUGCUCUAUUGCCAACAAACCUACUGGACAUGUUAGGCUAUUUAGUCUAUAUUAUGAUUUCAACCUAUAUUCUUUUUUUUAUAUCAAAACAUUUUCUAAUCAUGGUACUUCCUGUGAAUAAUGGAGACAUAUCACACACUUGCGUCAUCUACAGCCAGCUUUCUGUUCAAUGUGUACUUUGGCCUCAGGCCCUUGGCCAGACGUGUUGAGAUUACUCUCAACCGAUCAUCAUAUGCAAAAUGAUGUAAGAUUAAAAAAUCUGGACAAAGCAAGAUUCACUAUACUGGCAUUUAAAAAAAAAAAAAAAAAGAGACUUGUCUUGCACUAGCAACUGAUUUAGCAUGAACAGACCUGGCUUAAACAUCAUCUGGAACUUAAUCUACAGCAGCUAACGCAUUAUUUUUUUAAUCUAUUUGGAACCGCAGAUGGACGGAGUGAACUAUGAGAGCAGAGUUCUCUUACUAACAAAGACAUUGAACUGUCCCAUAGUGUGAACCCCGCCCAGCCUUAACUCCAAGUAGAUUAAAAACAUGCUGGAACUAAACAGCGGAUUUGUGGCAGGGAGUGUUUGCAGCCAGAUUUUCAUUGACGCACAAUAAAUCCCAUUCAUUCUGUGACAGAGAAAGAUAAAAACCUGUGUUAAGAGCCCUCCCAGCGGAUAAAAGAAAUGUACAUACAAGUAUGUGGAUGUGCUUUGGGUCAAAAUGUCUGAGAUAAUGGGACCAUUCCCAGGGUAUUGUGCAGGCUCUCAUCAUUGUGCGCUGAUGUACUCUGCUUAUUUCCUGCCAAGUACUUGAGGGUGUGUUCGGUGUUUAGCAGUUGGACUCAUUUCAGUCCGCUGUUAUGUCCAGUAAACUCCACUAAGCUGGUGUGUAAAGCUUCAUAUGCAAUGCUGUAUCAUUUUUGCUAAUUCUAUGUAACAUGUUUAAUGGCUAAUAUUGAAUAAAACUGUGACAAUAACAA